AUGGAAGAAGACGGACGACCUAUAAGUCCCAACACGAAAAUCGGUGAAAGAUUAGACGAUGAUGAUGAUGAACAAGGAUCCACCAGCUUCUCAUCAUAUUUUACUCGACUUCGAAACUCCAUCUUUAAACCCUCACCUGGAAAGACAAAGAAUGUGGGUGACAAUUCAUUGGAAAUAGACUCCUCUUCUCCAAUAGCUCCAAAGUCAGUGGCAAAGCUAAUUGAUGAUGAACCAUUACUGAACAAUUUCACAUCUGACAAGAAAAAACGACUUUCGAUUCAGGCCAUCCCUAGAAGAGGCACCAAUCCACGUUCGCCAUCACUAUCCAACCUCGCCAUGGGUUCGUAUCUGAACCUAUACACCAACUUACGCACGUAUGAGCAGGAAUUAAACAACGAUUUGGAACGAAGGAUAUCCAAUGUGUAUGAGCAAGAAUACGUCAAGGCUGAUGCCAUUAGCAACAACCCCUCAAUUAGCCGUGAUGCGUCACCUCUCAACGUCCUCCCGCUUCCUACACAUAGUUUUAUGGGAAUUAACUCUCCGGCAAGCGAUAGCAAUGUUGAAAACUUUGAUUACGGGUCUUUGUACACUGAUGAACAAGGCAACCUUGUUCGUCCUCCGUUUAUCAAGUUGGAUCCUAGAGAAAGGCAUCAUUUACUUCAAUUGAAACGAACUAUUGAAGCCCAAGAGUCUAUUCAGAAGAGAAUCAGGUACAUGGUUGAUCCCAAUGAAACAAUCAGUUCUAUGAACACCACCAUUAAUAAGGUCGAUAGUGCUACUCAAACACACGAUGUUGAAUACUUGUCUAGGAAGUUGCAUUUUAAGCGUAGGGUCGAAUCAGCUCCGAUACCGGCUUCUGCUGCUGCUGCUGUUGCUGAUGCUGCUUCUGGUCCACCAUUGAAAAAGAGACGCGGGUUCUUUAGUGGAGAGUUCAAGUAUGAUGUUCCUGAAGAAAGUAAAAUGAUUUCAACUGUGCCUUCCGUCAGCAGUGAAUUGAAUGGCUAUUUAGGCAGUAUAACAAAACCAAAAUUUACAAAAUCAGAACCACGCGCCCAUUCACCAUUGACCCAAAUUAUUCCACAACAGGAUGAGGACCCAACCUUGAAAAAGUUUGCCCGUUCUAGUCCUCUGCGUGAUCGAGAAAACCUUUUCGCCAAGUCUGCUACUAUCCCGACUGAAUUGAAAUUGGAUGAUGAAUACUUGAAGAAGUCGGAGUCUGUUUCCAAUAUCAUCAAGUUGAAAGAUUCAGUCGAAGUGAAUAGGAAGAUAACUUCUCCAGUUGCUCCAUCUUCUGGGUUUAAAUUUGACAUUAAGAAGGAUGAUUUGAAUAAUAUCUUGAAACAACGUCAAGAUAACGAUGAUUUGUUUGCAAAUUCAAAGUUGGUUAAUCAAAAGCCAAGCUUUACACUCAAGAAAUCCGUUGCUAUUGAAAAUACUGAGGAUGAUGCUCUUAAACAACAAAAGACAUCCACUGCCACACCUAGUUUGUUUGGAAACAAGGAUGAAUCAGAACAGCCAAGAAAGAGGACUAGAAAGAGACUGAAUGACGAAGAAGAUCAAGAAGAAAAGAAGGGAUCAGCUCCAUUGUUUUCAUUUGGCAAGCCUGACGAAAAAGCUAAAGCACCACAGUUUGCAUUUAAGAAAACAGAAAAUGACCAACCCGCUGCAUCAGCACCAAAGUUUUCAUUUGGCAAGAAACCAGAAGAAGCACCAACAAGUUUAUUCACCGAAAGGAAGGAAUCUACUGAAGCUCCAAAAUUCAGUUUUGGUAAGAAAGAUGAAACACCAAAGUUGGAUGGAGAGGUGCCUAAGUUUACAUUUGGAGCCAAGACGGAAUCAAAUGGAUCUGCAACUAGUGCCAAGCCAUUAUUUUCCUUUGGUAACAAAGAGGAAGCUGGCACCUCCGCCACGGCAAGUCCUACUCCUCUUCCCGAUACUUCAAUUCCAAAACCAGCCUUUUCGUUUGGCGAGAAGAAGGAAGAAAGUGGUGGAUUUUUGUUUGGUAAAAAAGUUGAAACAGAUGCUGUUGCCAAACCUACGCUGACUUUUGAAUUUGGAAAGAAAGAUGAAACUGCAGCCAAACCUACACAGACUUUUGAGUUUAAUAAGAAAGAUGAUACUACAAAACCCGCCUUGAGCUUUGCAUUUGGAAAGAAAGACGAAGAGGAAACUGCUGUAAAACCUGCCUCUGGAUUAUUUGGUAAGAAAGGGGAAGACGCCGCCAAACCGGUUUCGACUUUUUCAUUUGGAAAGAAAGAAGAACAAGACACUACCGGCAAACCUGCCUCGACAUUUACAUUUGGCAAUAAAGAGUCACAAGGUCCGCUGCUAUUUGGAGCCACUUCUUCCACAACCGCUUCCAAGCUUACUGAAACUAAACCAAGUGUAUUCAUGCCCGAUAAACCGGAACAAACUAAAACUAACAUAUUUGAUAAAUCUGCUACCCCUCCAUUUUCAUUUGGAUCAACCUUGAAUAAACCAAGUGGUGAAACCAAAGUACCUGAAAAGCCUGGUCUUUUCUCUCAGGCAUCAAAAGAAUCGGGUGGAUUUACAUUUGGUAAACCUGCUGGUACAGAAGCUACCAACCCUACCAGCUCAGAAAGUACAAAUACGUUCAAAUUUGGAUCUGGCAGUGCUGCUGCUUCUGCUGCUACUACAACUAACACUUCAUUUAAAUUUGGAUCCGCCACUCCAUCUGGAACGAAAGAUGCAACCUCAACAACCCCAUCAUUUUCAUUCAAUGUUGACAAGAAGGUUUCACCUGAUGCUGGUAAUAAACCGUUCGCAUUUGGCCAAUCACAAUCACAAUCACAAACAGCUAAUCCUGGUUUUUCAUUUGGAGGUACUAAUAAUACACUGUCAGGAUUUGCAUUUUCGGCCACUAACAAUACGCCAUCACCAGUGCCCACCAAUCCUGAUUUCAAGUUUGCUGCUGGAAUCAAUCCAUCAUCAAUAAAAUCACCCUUUGCUUUUGGCGCGAAUACGAAUUCAACCCCAGCUGCAGCAACUCCGAAUUUUAUGUUCAAUCAGCAGCAACAACAACAACAACAACAACAACCUGUUACUUCAUUUGGGCAAUCACCAUUAGGGCAAUCAUCCAAUAGUCCAUUUGGCCAGCCUCCACAAACAGCUCUGCCUGCAUUUGGAAGUCAACCUGCUACCACGCCAUUUAGUUUUGGAGGAGGAAUGCAACAGAAUGGUGCUCCAGGACAAUUUAAUUUUGGUGUUGGUAGUAAAGAAACUACGCCUGAUCCUGCAAGUAUAUUCAAAUCACAUGCCGCGGCAUUUGGACAGGCUCCUGCGAUGACUCCUGGUGCACCAGGAGUCCCCUUUAGCGGUGCUGCUCCUGGGCUUCCUGGUGGUCGUCCCAAGUUGGUCCCUAGAUCACGGAGAAGAUAAACCAAGGUCAGAGGAUAAAAUGGAUUUACAGCGUGUUGUAACACUAGGUGUAUACUACUGUAAUAUAUAUUAAACUUCAAAUAGAUAAUACUUGAUAUAAUUAUUAUU